CUGUGUCCUUUUCUGUCGUCUCAGUAUUCAAAGCAUCCGUCAAAACGACAUUUUAUUUUGCGUAAGAAGUCAAAGAGAAAGAUAACUUCAGCAAAAUACAUGAGGAAGAGGCUUGGAAGGUUGAAGGUGGAGAUGGAAGCUAUCAGUAAAGAGCAGCAAAGCAUCAAGGAUGAGCAGAGUCAAGUUCGAACAAAAUUCAAUGCGGUUGAAGAAGAAUAUGAACAGCUUCGCAGUGAAACUAACCGAAUUAUUCAACAAACGGCCAACACUCAAAUUCAACUCGGUUUGAUGUUCGGUAUCCUCAGGGCAAGAGAAGAAGGUGAUCUCGGCAAGGCUGCUCAAUUAACUGGACUACUCCGAGAUGCUAAAGUGGAGCACCACUGCGGUAGAACAUCAAAUUCCAUUGAUCUGAAGCGCCAAACAUGUCAAUGCCUGUUGCUAUUUUCGGCAAACAAAUUGAUGGAUAAUUCAAGGGCGGCUUUCGGGCCGUUCAACGGCACUACUCCGGCAACGGUGACCGUAAUAAUCUACCCCGACGACAACGGUGGAUCAGCCUCCAACUCCAAGUACAUAUUCGGGGGAGGAUUCGGAGUAUCUAUACUUUGGGUGGCGACUAUAAUAUUCAUGAUAUUAAAGAUCAAAAGAUGGGGUUCUGGAUGA